AUGCCUAGUACACGUUUCGCCGAGGAACCGCCUCAGGUCAUCAACGAGGCCGACCUUGAAGUCGCCAAUGAGAAGCUCGAAUCUCGCGACGACCGCGCCUCCAAUGUAGACGCAAGCAAUAGUGAACAAACCUCCUCCAAAGAGCUUGAGCCUGGCACCGGCCACUCGGAGCACCACACUGAUGGCCUUUCCAAUAAUGUCAAUGCCAAUGGCAACGGAGCCAAGCUCGAGAAGCUGGGCACCUACGACAAGUACGAAAUCAACGAGGAUGACUGCUACGAUGAGCUGGGAUUCUCCUUCCCCAAGUGGAAGAAGUGGUACAUCCUCACCGUCAUCUUUUGGGUCCAGGUCUCGAUGAACUUCAACACCUCGCUCUACUCCAACGCCAUCGCGGGCAUCUCGGAGGAGUUCAAUGUCAGCGCCCAGGCCGGCCGCUGUGGCGCCAUGAUCUUCCUGGUCCUCUACGCCUUCGGCUGCGAGCUGUGGGCCCCGUGGUCCGAGGAAUUCGGCCGGUGGCCGGUGCUCCAGCUCUCGCUGUUCCUCGUCAACAUUUGGCAGCUGCCCGUCGCCCUGGCGCCCAACUUCGCUACCAUCAUGGUCGGUCGCGCCUUGGGCGGCCUGUCGUCUGCAGGUGGUUCCGUCACGCUCGGUAUGAUUGCCGACUUGUUCGAGUCCGAUAAGCAGCAGUACGCCGUUGCCUACGUCGUCUUCUCCUCGGUCGGCGGAUCCGUACUCGGCCCUAUCGUGGGCGGCUUCACCGAGGCUUACUUGCACUGGAGGUGGUCCAUCUGGGUCCAGCUCAUCUUUGGAGUUGCAGUCCAGGCCCUUCACUUCUUUACCGUUCCUGAGACGCGCACCACCAUCAUGAUGAACCGCAUCGCCAAGCGCCGCAGAAAGGAGGGUAACCCUAACAUUUGGGGUCCCGACGAGCUUGUCCCCUUCAAGGACCGCUUCUCCGUCAAGGAGGUCCUGUCCACUUGGGUCCGCCCAUUCAAGAUGUUCCUCACCGAACCCAUCGUACUCGUGCUGUCGCUGCUCUCCGGCUUCUCCGAUGCCCUCAUUUUCAUGUUCAUCCAGUCCUUCGUCCUUGUGUAUGGCCAGUGGAACUUUAGCACCGUCCAGGUUGGUCUCGCCUUCAUCCCCAUUGGUGUCGGCUAUCUCCUCGCCUGGCUCCUCUUCAUCCCCGCCAUCAAGCGCAACAUCAAGGAGCGCCAGGCCAAACCCAACGACGACCGGGCUCAGUACGAGUCCCGCCUCUGGUUCCUCUUGUACACUGCACCCUGUCUGCCGAUUGGUCUCAUUGGCUUCGCCUGGACCAUUCAGGGCCCGCCCAUACACUGGAUUGGUUCCAUGGUUUUCGCCGCCAUCGUCGGUAUCGCCAACUACGCCAUUUACAUGGCCACCAUCGACUACAUGAUCUGCGCCUACGGACCCUACUCCGCCUCGGCGACCGGCGGCAACGGGUGGGCCCGUGACUUCCUUGCGGGUGUUCUCACCGUGCCCGCGACGCCCUUCUUCACAAACAUCGGCGCCGAAAGCGGCAAAAACCUGGAGUAUGCUUGCACGAUUCUUUUCUGCAUAUCCUUCGUUCUUGUUGUUGCAGUCUAUGUUAUCUACUGGAAGGGCCCUGCCCUGCGCGCCCGUUCGCCCUUUGCACAGAAGCUGGCGAACGCGAGAGAUGACGUUGGAGGCCGUCGUGUGAGCUAUGCUCCUGGAGAUAGACCAGCUAGUAUUGCAUCUGGCACUGACCAGCCCGAUCGCCCCGUCUACCAACGAUCGUACAGCCAGCAGUCCCGCUUCUUCGGCGAGAACCGUGUUACGCCCCGUGGUACCCCCAGAGGUACCCCCUCCGCCAGCAGAGCCAACAGCUUCAUCGGCACAAGGCGCACGGUGGCAAAGUAA